CCAGGGUGCACCCCCUUGUUAGUGGCUGGGGUCAGUGGCUGACCAAGUAGGAGUGCGGAGGGGUAAGAAAAGUAGCUUUCAAGGGUAAGAACCUGUGUGUGAAUGCGGAUAUGUUCAGUAUGAGAUGUCCAAGAAUCGUCCCCAGUGGUCAUUUGGAUGUGGGUCUGGAGCUGAAGGGCCGCCCGGGCUCUCCAGCAGCGCUCGCCAUCGACAGCGAGGUCCCGCAGAGCGAAACCUUCUGCCAGCAAAUCUCCGAGGAAGACUUGGAGAGGCAGGCGGACACCACACUGAGCGCGCGCUGCGCCGCCUCUUCCACCGCCUCGACCGCAACCCGUCGCUGGCAGAGAGGGUGGUGCAAUUGGAACAGCGUGGGCUCCUCUCUUUCCUCCGGGUGCGGCCGCAGGGCCUGGGACCGACUGGGUGGCAACUGUCGCUACCCGGGUCCGCCGUCCCCUAGAGCAGAGCUCCGACAAUUGGAGCUUGGGGGUGGGGUGGAGAGUGUGCAGGGGGAGCUGAACCAUUGCAACAGCACGGGCGCCCUGGAGAUGCACGAGCGGGUGGAGCAGCUGAAGCAGAGCAUACACCGCGUGCACCUCUACUCCCGGGGUAGUUGCCGCCGCCGCCGCGCCGCCAUGGGGAAGCGACAGCACCAGAAGGACAAGAUAGCCCAGCCCAAAGGUCACUUCCUCCCGGAAGCUGCCGCCGUCUCUCCAGUCAGGGUAAUGACCCUCCGGCCGCCGCGCUCUCCCAGGGGGCCGCGGCUCCGAAGACGUCAGCUGCGGGCUCGAGCGCAGCCCGGUCUUCCUUUACUCUAG